AGUGACAGACUUUACGCGGCCUAUGUAUGUAACACAGAGUGUAUACAUAUAUACACGACCCUCUGUCACCGGCACGACUGGACCUGCGAUACCCGUAUUUCGAAAAUGUCGAUUUUUUCUCUUUGAUUGUGGACGUGUACAAAAGAACUAUUUUAACGGUGGCAAUUCAUUCCAAAACAUCAACCUCUUUAGAGAGGUAAAGUGUCUAUCGACUUAAUGACUGGGUAAAUAGCUCAUCGUCGUCAGCAUGAGAGCGACUCCUUAUUGAGGAUUGGAUGUGUUCUACACGUGCAUUUCAGGCAGGCAGUUGUCAUGGAUUCGAAGACAGGGAUUUAAAUCUUCUGUAUGAAAUAUGAUCACUUUCCUUGGAAUUGUUAUCCUUAUACAGGCUGCUUGUUUAUCAGAGUCCGCCUGCUCCUUCCCUUCUGCCUUUCAGAACAUAUGGCUUACAAACACUCGAGGGACUUGGACCGUCAACUCAUCCACUAUCGCCAACUUCCCGGCCCAGGCGGAGGUGUCUGGACAAUCUCUGUUUAAUAUGGAUUGUGAAGCGAUAGAUGCGGGGUUCUAUGUCUUAAAAUCACAGGAGACAGUGACACCGUUCGGAGGAAGUCCGCCCGCCCAAUACAAUGUAUACACCUGUCUAUACCUGGAACAACAGUCCUCCUAUAGCUAUGUCUAUUCUCUUCUCACACAGGAGUUCGCUGUGACAACCACGCCCACAACGGUCAUCGAAAGGGUCACUCUACGUGCGGUGGGGGCAACUUUGAUUGCGUCGUCUGUCUGCUCGGACACUGCGUACACAACCGCAGGUGAAAGGGUUCACGUUGCUCUCCUGAACGGGUCGGAGAGUCUAGGGAAGACUGACUGUCCCAGUUCGUUACAAGGUUACUUCACUUACCUCGGGACUUCGUGUAACAGUACCUCUGUAGAUGUGUGUACUAGUACACAACAGCUAGUCUUCAACACGACAGCAUGUACCCAGAACACGAUCUACUCACAGAACGGUACCGUUGACUGUGUAUACCAUAACACUAUUGGGAGUUAUACGUACGUGACGGUGUACAAUGAAGACUCCACCGUCGAUGGUUCUUCCUACUACGCCUUCUCUUGCCUGGUUGUGUCCGAAUCUGGGGUGUAUACCUAUACUAGUGUUAAACCAACCGAGUGUGAGGCCAACCAGGUGUCCACCACUUCACCGACUGGGGGAUACGUCACUGUGUUCCAGGAAACUGCUGCCUGCACAACAACCACAUCAACGACUGAAGACCUGACGUAUCUGUAUGUGAUCAUCGGUAUCAUUGCUUUAUUGAUUAUCAUUACUAUCAUCGUAUUAUUAAUAUGCUGCAUUAAGUGUCGAAAGAAGCAAAAGGAUGUCGAAUCCGCUGAUGAUGAAAGCGACAAAGGGUCAGAUGACGGUAAAAGUCAUAAAGAUGACAACAAACCAGAUGAAGAUGACUCUAAACAGGAAGUAGUCGAUGAACAACAGCGCACAAAAACGGACGAUGAUAAACAAUCUGUUGAUUCCGGAUUUAUUCCCGGUAAAGACGAAACUAAGCAUAAGAAAAAGCGGAAGAGGAGAAGACGAAAAAGAAAGAAGAGAGGACAGCAUGGUGAGGAAGGCGAAGAGGAGGAGGAAGAAGAUGGGGAAGAGGACGAAGAAAGUUCAUCAGAUAAUGUAGCACAGACUGAAUCAGAGGACAAAUCACAACCAGAACAAAUAGAUGAAGAAAGGGAGGCAGACUCGGGGCCGGGAGAGGAGGACACAGAAAUCAAUAAUCAACAAUCAAAGGAACACAAUGACGACAAAAGUCACGAGACCAAGUCAGAUGAUUCUGUUUCUCAAAAAGAAGAAAAUAUGGAGCCAGAUCCAACAUCUCCAGAGGAGGAGACGAUGGAAACCGCGUCCAACAGUUCUUCUUUAACUGGUUCUACACACGAACCAGAAUCACAAUGUAAAUCAAAUCACAGUUUACAUAGUGAAGAGGAUGAUGAAAAACCACAGGAAACCGUAGACACAGAAGAACAGGAACCGGAAACACAAUCUGAAACUGCGCAAAGGGUUGCACCUGUUGAAGACAAAUCACCUGAAAUGGACGGAAAUGGAACAACAUCGAACUCUUCUGUAGCUGAUAGGAUGGAUGAGGACACGAAAGAGGAAAAUAUCCAAGAGAGAUCUGAUGAUGAAAGGAGCAAGUCAGGUGGAGAGGAUGACGAGGAAGAUGACGAUGCUGCUACGUUAAAGGACGGGCAAAGAAUUGACGGAGAAAAAAAGAUGAACGACGAGGAUAUGGACGAGGGAACUGGAGGGAAAUAUAUUGUGCCACCAGGCCUAUUAAGCAAGGUCCUUGUCACGCGCGAAAUGGAGGAAAAGAAUAGAGACAAAGCCACCCGACGGAAAUCCAAAACGCGGGGUGUUCGACUCUUUGCUUCGAAGAAGUCUAAAAAGCAUGGCGUGUCAGACGAAAACCAGGAUGAGGAAAUGAAUGACCCAGAUAUAGGAGAUAUUGACAGGGAAAGAUUUGCACAACCAGUGGCUCCAUAUAUGGAACAAUACAAUGCCAAAAAAGACAUAGAAAAGAAACUCAACGACGCCCACUACUGGGAUUUCCCCGAGGAUGACAAUAUAGUUAUGCAGCUAGAUCAAAUCGAGGAAGAGUUAGCGAAGGAAGAACAAAAAGAAAUCGAAAGGAUGGAUGUUAAUGUUGAAGUGGCGGGUAUUGAAAAUGGCAAGGUGACUGACGAGGAGGGCGACAUUAAAGUGACAAUAGACAUUCCAGAACAAGCAAAUAAUAAAAAUAACAGAGAGGAAAUGAAUGGGUCCCGGAGUUCGUCACGCGCUGAUAGUCCAGAGUCUAAAAAGGUCAGGAAAGCUGACAGUAGCAGUGACCUCGAGAGCGAUAUGUUUGACCUUGAAGAUGAUUGCCUUCCACAAGGAUACAUUCGAAAUGAAAAUGGCCACAUUGUUAGAAUGGCGGACGGAAAAGUAUACACAAAAGCAACAUUUCAAAGACACAUGAAGAAGGCGAGACUAAAGAAACUCUUCAAUAUACCGAGGUUAAACAGAAACAAGAAAGGCCGGCCGACUGGGGGGCUAAAGGAUGACACAUAUGGGCCGGAAAGACCUAUAAACGACUCUGAUGAACAAGCAGAUACGGAGAAAAAGGAAGUCGAAGAGGGUCGUGCAUCUGGCACGGCUCAGCGAUCUUCUGACGAGAGGAGGCGGACAAGUGAAUCACGGAGACGGUCAAAGACGAUUGCAUUCAGUGAUGCCCGAGGCCACUUUGAUAAAGAAGGCAACGUUAUUGAAAAGGAGGAACAGCCCCGGAUAGACUCAUCGACAGUAAAUAGACGAAAAUUAAAAAAUAGACUCUUCCGGAAGAAAAAGAGGAAAACUGAGGACCUGCCACCGGUGUUUAAUGGCUACAGCGGACAUGGGCAGGUGACAAACGUAGUCGGAGUUGACAAUGAUAAGCCAAGAGAACUUAGUAACUUAGUAAAAGUGUAUGGUCAACCAGGAACCAUACCGUCGACCGCUCCAAGAUCAACUCUCCCGCCAAUUGGACUGACCAGGUCAAGUACUACCACAUUUGACAGAAAUCAGCUACAAAACUUUCGAGAUGGCUUGUCCAAGGAUCAGGAGAUACUGGGAAGGCCAACACAAUGCAACCAUCCAUUAGCACCACAAAGACCUGGUGUAAGAAGGAUAUCAGUAGAGGAGCUCUCUAGUGAAGGAGGAAGCAAUGAAAAUGAUGAAGAUAUCCAAAAUGUAGAAUUAGGGAGUGAAGACGAAUUCUUCCUUGUUGGCGGUCCAUCUCAGAGCCAGAAUGAACCAUUGUUCACACGGGUGAGGCCCCCUCCCGACAGCGACCUAGCAAAGUCACUAAAGUCCAAUCAUGAUCGACGCCACGCCAUCCCAUGGUCAAUCCUUAACCCUCCCCCUCGGAGGCCUCACACGGACGGAGAUGGACUCGCCAAGUCCCUGGACGCCCCAAGGUCCGCGGACAUGUUGAAGCGUGGAAUGGAUGAUAAACGACUGCGAGAACUUCUUGAGGAACUUUACAAGGACAAGAAAUACUUCGAUCACGUGAUAGAUACCACUGAUCCACACGUGGAAUCCGACAUUGAUGAUAGAUACCUGGCGGAACACGGGCGGGACUUCCUGUUAGAUCGUGCAGACUUCUGGGAGGAUAGAGGACCUUUACCCGCGAGACCUCCUCGCACUAGCCUCGGUAUGAGGUUAUCACGCUUACAAACAAUGACAGACUCCGGUCGAGUGUCUAUGACCUCUACUAACACGUGUACUCCAACUGUCAUGGAACUACCCAAUCAAAUGCCUAUCAGGCAGGAAAAUACUUUUUCAUGACGUAAGGGUGUGUAAUACUAUAUUUGUGUUCUUCCUUUAAUGCGGUGCGUUUGAUUACGUAAUGGUUGUGAUGUAAGAAUAUUUAGAAACUGUAUUGACUGGUUCUAUAAUAAACUCUUCGGGUAACUGGAUAUGUCAAAUACGUACUAUCAAUGUACACUCUUAAUGACUAUCGAGGUUGUAUCCGUCUGUCUAUUGCAACGCCUCCAUAAUACCGACAGAGCGAGCUUCCAUAAAAGUUCAGAAGGGUUCUAGCAGAGAGACAAUCAGGCGAUGUUGUUCAAAAUAACAAUUAUCCGAUAUAAAGGAGGACUCCUGAAGCAUUUGAUGACUAGCAAAGCCCACUGUGAUAUGUUUGACUUUUGUUAUUGUUUUGUAUAUACCCACCUUAAUUUAAUGACCUUGAAUAAAUAAAAAAUAUAGUCAAAGAA